GCUGGUGGUGGUUAUUAAGAGCAGGGCUUUUUCCUCUCAGUCUAUUAACUUUACUGUGCUAAGACGGACUGGACAAGGACUGGACUAAAUUAGAGCAAACAUGAGUUUUGCUGUAGAGGAGAGGGGCAAGCCCAAUACACUGGACUAUCAAAUGUUUUUCAAAAAUUCUGAGGGGAAAUAUAUCUCACCAUUUCAUGACAUACCGAUGUAUGCAAAUGAAGCAGAGAAUAUCUUCCACGCUGUUGUUGAGGUUCCAAGAUGGACAAAUGCAAAGAUGGAGAUUGCCACCAAGGACCCUUUAAAUCCUUUGAAACAAGAUAUUAAAAAGGGAAACCUUCGCUUUGUAUCUAAUGUGUUUCCACACAAAGGUUACAUUUGGAACUAUGGAGCAAUCCCACAAACAUGGGAAGACCCAGGCCACAAAGAUGGAGAUACAGGAUGCUGUGGCGACAAUGACCCCAUUGACAUCUGUGAUAUAGGAAAUAAGGUGUGCUGUCGAGGAGAGAUUAUUAAAGUGAAGGUGUUGGGGACCCUGGCUUUAAUAGAUGAGGGUGAAACAGACUGGAAAGUUAUCGUGAUCAAUGUUGAGGAUCCUGAGGCCAAUGACUUUAACUGUAUCGAUGAUAUAAGAAGACACAAGCCUGGCUACUUAGAGGCAACAUUUGAUUGGUUUAAAAGAUACAAAGUGCCAGAUGGAAAACCUGAGAACCAAUUUGCAUUCAAAGGGGAGUUUAGAGACAGGGACUUUGCUAUUGACACAAUCAAAAGUACUCAUCAAUUUUGGAAGGCACUGAUCUCGCAAAAGACCAAUGCUGGAGAGUUAAACUGCAUGAACACCUGUGUCUCAGACAGUCCAUUCUGUGUCUCCAGUGGUGAUGCCAAGGCUGUAAUUGAUGCUGCAUGUGCUUAUGGAGAUGCAGAGCCUAUUCCCAGUUCAGCUGACAAGUGGUUCUACUACGAGAAGUAAGGACACGCAGAAUGCCGAGAUGAAGAUGAAACAGUUCUGGAUUGGAUUUUUCCCAUAAUAAUUCAAUAUACUUCAAAAUGAUAAGGCACACAUUCAAUUUAGUGAGUUGAGACUGAUUGCAUAUUCAUUCUAGUACAUGUAGCAUGAUCAUUAUCAAAAACAUAAAUUCAAGCAGAAUAGCCUUUUCGAUAGCAACUAGUGUAGUCACGCUAUAGCUACUGCAAUUUAUCGUGGCUCUUGUAUACAUUUGGAAAUAGAUACUUAAAUUGUAAGUAUGUUUGAAAUAAACUUAAGUUCUAGUCUUUUUAUUUCUACUUCAGUAAUGAUUAUGAUUCAAGCUUUGCAAGAGCCAUGGGUAAGCUGUCUAUAUCCAAGGGCCUAAAUCAAAUGUAAUAAAGUUUCACUGU